AUGGUGUCAAAAUUUACUCUCACCGUUGACGUUUGGAUUUAUUGAAAUUUGUUUAUAUCCGCGAUAAAUUAAUUACAAUUUGCUAUGGAUAACAGCAUCCGAAGUUUAUUGACUGGCGCAGAAAAAUGCACAGGCUGUGAGAAGAACCCUCCUCUGCAGCAAGCCUACGUGCUUCUGCGAAAUAUUGCAGAAACAAGACCAGCUGUUGAUGCACCCGAACCAUUUGGUGUUGAUCUCUAUGUUCGGUGUGCAGAGAUUGCCUUUAGGAACGGACAGGUCGACAUGGCGAAGGAAUGUCUCAAGAUGUUUUUCAUGAAGCCUCCGCCACACAAUCAGUUUUUGUGUCGGGCUUAUCUCUGUCAGGCUCAGCUUUUAGCUCCACAAAAUGCAAACAAUCCAGAGCAGCUGGAGAAGGCAGUCGUGUAUCUUCUUAAAGCUAUUUCCUUUGCUAAGGAGACACCCAGUUACCACUUUCUCGUGUACAAUGCAUCCGUGCUGUACUGGCAGUUUUGCCGCCCGUUCCUCAAGCCAAUGUAUCGCCAGUACCUGGCCCGCAGUCUUCACCAGGUGGUCAAAGCUCUUGAUGACAUAGAUGACCAUGACUAUGAGUGGCGCGCACAGCUCAUGAUAGCGUUGAUAGAAUGUCACCUUGACGCCGGGCGGGUGAGUGAUGCAUCACACAUCACCGCGGCUGCUGCGUCAUUCAUCAAACAGUAUGUGCCCGGGCUCUACAAGCAAGUCUUUGGACUCAUGGUCCGACAUCAGCUGGUUGACUCUGCGAAGUUCAACAAAGAGGUCAAAGCAUCACCAGAGUUGUCCAUCUACUACAAAAUCUGCAAACUCAAAGUAUCUGUGGAGAAGUGUGAAAAUAAAGUCUAUUACAGUGAAAUACAGAGUAUACUCAACCAGAUGGAGGUGCCACACACCCCGGGGUCUGUUCACGGUCGACCGGUUUCUCGGCAGGACACUAAGCUUGGAACUCACUCGCGGUCUCCGGCCAGCUCGCCAACUGGAGUGAAAGAGAAGGAUGAAGAAUUACCACAGCCUAUUCCUUCUGAAAAGAGGAAAAGCCCUAGUAAAGGAGGUCGCCGUACCCCGACCCCAACCACCAGCAGGAAACUAGCAGUUGAUUGCACCGACAAACCCUACCUGUUGCUGGAACUUGCGAGAUUCUGUUUGGAGCUAGACUUUGCUGAUCUUGCUGAAUCCUGCAUUGAAAACACAAAGACAUGCAUUAUAAAGGAACCAAGUUUCUACCUGGAGCUUGAGUUUCUUCAGUGUGAGCUGAUGGUGAGGUCACUGGGUGACAAGCAGGAGUCUUACCAGAAGUCUGUUGUUGAGGUGCGCCUGCAGGCGAUUAAGCGUUGUGAGGAGGCAAUCAUGAAUGCCAUCCGGUCAGGGAAGCCCAACGUGAUCCAGGCCGGCUGUGUGACGCAGUGGAAUCUCUGUCUGCCUCUACUGCAGGCUAACCUGAGACACCACGUCCGCAAACCUCUCAUACUCGUCGCAGAGGCACUCGCAGAUAUUCAGAGUCUGCUGGUCCAGCUGAGAUGUCAGGUGCACACAGAGCUGACCAAGUGUGAGGAGGAUCGCGAGCAGAUACAGGUGGCCAUGGACCACCUCAAGAAGGCCCUAGAGCUGGAUGAUGGUAACAUUUACAGAGAACGUCUCGAGGUCGCCCUGCACAGACUGGAGCUGAGGUCAGAACUCUACAAACAGCCGGACAGACCAGAGGACCAAGCUGCCAUGAUCAUCGAACAGGUAAACACAUCACUGAUCAUCAAUACUUAUAAACACAUCACUGAACAUCAAUACUUAUAAACACAUCACUGAUCAUCAAACAUGUAAACACAACACUGAUCA